AAUGGGAUCAGCUCACACCCAGCAUCAGUGACAAAGCGCGUUAAAUUCAUUGUUUUGCCAUCAAUUGAACACAAAAAGGAGGAGUAGUGUGUGAUUAAAACACACAUGGAGGGAUACUACCGUGUGUGGUUGAGUUAAGCAGGGUUUUUUUGAAGGUUAAUUCAGACUAUGGUAUCAUCUUUUCCAAAUGAGGACAGUCUCCCUCCCUCCCUCCCUGCCUGCCUCCCUCCCUCCCUCAGCAUCCUCCCUUUAACCGCUUCGCUGCAUUAGCUACCAGCGGCUAACCGGGGCUAACCCUCCGUGCUCCAUCCCAAACCUGACCACCUGGCGGACGGCUCUGUGUUGUAAUAUAUAAAAAAUGCCCAGUGUCACGGUGAAAGAUGUCAACCAGCAGGAGUUUGUCAGGGCUCUGUCAGCUUUCCUCAAAAAAUCUGGCAAGCUCAAAGUCCCAGAAUGGGUUGACACCGUGAAGCUCGCCAGACAUAAGGAGCUGGCUCCCUGCGAUGACAACUGGUUUUACACCAGAGCAGCGUCCACAGCUCGUCACCUGUACCUCCGAGGAGGGGUCGGCGUGGGCUCCAUGAUCAAGGUGUACGGAGGGCGUCAGAGGAACGGUGUAUGCCCCGCCCACUUCAGCGUGGGCUCCAGGAAUGUGGCGAGGAAGGUCCUCCAGGCUCUGGAGGGCCUCAAGAUGGUGGAGAAGGACCCAAAUGGGUUGCCUCAGCAAACAAGAAACAGCGAAGUUUACAAAGCGCCAUCUGAGGAAUGCAUGCAAAGAAUCCAGACAAGUGAAAUGCAGAAAUGCCUUACUGCUUAUUUACCCAAGUUUCCUUGUCUCCCAUAUCACUCCAGUGCCCGCAGUAACAGAGUACAAAAGGCAUUUCAUAGAGAUGCAUGUGUCUAUAGCGCAGUAAGUACAAAUUAAAUAUUACACAUGGAUGGUUUGCAGCAGUUUUAGGUUUGUUUUUUGUCUUCAUAAUGAAUUUCAAGACAGCAGUGGCCUUGUGACAGCAAAACAGAAUGGACACAGAAGCUGUGAGAAUACAGUAUUACCAAGCAAGAGCAUGUUAAUAUUGUUUUGCCAACAACUGUGAAACUCGAUGUAAAAAAUAAAACAAAUGCAAUGGAUGCUAUUGUAUAUUUUUAUUCAUUUAUCCAACUGUUACAGAAUAUUAUGCCUAAACAUGAUAUUUAUGAGAUGUAUAUGAAUGACACAGUAAUAUAUAGGGUGUUCCAAAUAAAACUGAUUUAAACUGA